ACUGCUAGACUAUCUUUUAUUAUGUUAAUCGUACUCGUCCAAAGUACGCUUACUGCAUAAUUACGAUAUUCCUAUGAAACUUUGACCGAUACUGUUUAGGUUAGCUCGGAGCGAAGGCUAACCUUUGCAAGACUGAAUUGUUCUGUUUUUUUAUUGAAUUUUCGCAUGUCACACAUCGCGACAAUUGGACCGCAUAUAACAUGACGAUUCUUUGGAAAUUGUUGACUAAUCCUGGUGUUCUACGAAAACCAGGAUGCUGUGGGGUCGGCGGAUCACAGAAGUACUUGUUCAGCUCCUGCCUGACAAGGCAGGUUGUCAAAUUCUCAAGGAAAGGUCGUGUGUUCAUCGGACUGAGACACUGCACGACCAAUGCUAUCCGAUCCGACACAUCAAUGCCUGUAGUACACGCAGUUAAGACGAAGAGACGCUCAGAGUUGAGGACUUUAAUUUUACUGGCCGCGCCUGAGAAGUGGACCCUAAUGAAGGCCAUUGCUUUGUUGCUCGUGUCGUCCAGCGUAACGAUGGCAGUCCCGUUCUGCUUUGGAAAAGUGAUAGAUGUUGUCAAUACCGUGGAAAAAACUGACAUGAAAGAGGGUCUUAAUCGGCUAACGCUUGCUCUGUUUGUAGUUUUUCUCAUAGGCGGUAUAAGCAACUUUGGCAGAAUUUACCUGAUGUCUACAGCGGGACAUCGAAUUACGCAGUCUCUUAGGAAACAGGCGUAUGCCGCGAUCCUUCAGCAAGAAACUGCAAUGUUUGAUAGAGAAAGUACAGGAGAACUAGUCGGAAGAUUGAGCGGAGAUACACAACUUAUUAGCUCCGCCGUCACGUCCAAUGUAUCAGACGGUUUGCGAUCCGCUAUUAUGGCCAUAACAGGAGUAUCCAUGAUGUUUUAUGUAUCACCAUCAUUAGCUUUACUUGGUUUAGCUAUAGUACCACCUGUCGCAGUUAUUGCUGGUAUUUGGGGACGCAUUUUAAAAAGAGUCUCCAAGGAUCUCCAAAGCAGUAUUGCAGUGGUCAAUGCAACUGCAGAAGAAAGAAUUGGCAAUAUAAGAACUGUUAAGGCGUUUGCGCAAGAAAAACGCGAGAUUGACAGAUAUAGCGCUAAAUUACUAGACGUUCUAAAACUAUGUUACAAGGAAAGUUUGUAUAGAGGAAUGUUUUUUGGUAUGACUGGUCUCUCUGGGAACGUUAUUGCUCUUUCAGUUCUUUACAAUGGAGUAUUUAUGGUAUCAAAUGCCGAUAUAACAAUUGGAAGCUUAAGCGCCUUUUUGUUAUAUGCCGGCUACGUGGGCAUCUCUCUCAAUGGAUUAUCCAAGGCAUAUAGCGAAUUAAAUAAGGCUCUAGGUGCUAACGCUCGUCUGUUUGAGUUAAUCGAUCGACAACCACUUAUUCCCAUUCAAGGUGGACAAAUUUUAGGAAAAGAAUUAUCAGGCAAUGUGACGUUCCAAAAUGUUUUUUUCGCAUAUCCUACGCGAGAAAAGAUGCCCGUGUUGAAAGGUUUUAAUUUAAAUAUAGAAAAAUGUUCUAUGACAGCUAUUGUUGGUUCCUCGGGUUCCGGUAAAUCUACUGUAGCGUCACUUUUACUGAGAUUAUAUGACCCUACCAAAGGAUCGAUAUUCUUGGAUAACCACGAUCUUCGUCUGCUUGAUCCCACAUGGAUAAAGUCUCAGAUUAGCAUUGUAUCCCAGGAGCCAGUUCUUUUCAGUUGCUCAAUAAGGGAUAAUAUAUUGUAUGGAAUGGAAUCUGCAACAGAUUUUGAUGUAGAAGAGGCUGCAAGACAGGCGCAUGUAUUACAGUUUGCAGAAAAAAUGACUGAUGGAUUAGAUACAAUAGUCGGGGAAAGAGGUAUUGCCCUUAGUGGUGGGCAACGUCAAAGAGUCGCCAUUGCCAGAGCAUUAAUAAAGAAACCAAAAAUUUUGAUACUAGACGAAGCAACUAGUGCCUUAGAUGCAGAAAGUGAAUAUUUCGUUCAAGAAGCUGUAGAACGUGCAAUCCGUGGAAGAACAGUGAUAACAAUUGCCCACAGACUUAGUACGAUAAAGAACGCUGAUAAAAUCGUGGUACUCGAUGGAGGACAAGUGGCGGAAACCGGCACUUACGUCGAGUUAAUGAAUCUAGAGUAUGGCCUUUUCAAAAAAUUAGUCAAACAUCAAACAUUUGCAUAGAUGUAUAGAACAAAUUGUUUUCAUUACAAAGCUAUUUUUAUGGUUAAUGUAUUAUAUGUAUAUACUACACAUAUCUCUAUAUUUAUUAUCUUU